UUUACGGCGAUCUCCCCGGCAAUUCGUGAUUUAGAUGCACACCCAUAACGUCUACAUGCAUCCUCGCUAACCGUGCCAAGGCUCCUUGAGACAGGCAGCACAGCAUUGAUCCGGAACACAGCAGCUGAGCAACUAGCUGACGUCCAAAAACAACAUCCCGAGGACUUAUUCAACCUUCUCAACCGUGUUGUUCCGUUCUUGCGAUCGAAGAGCUGGGAGACUCGUGUGGCUGCUGCCAAAGCAGUUGGUGGCAUUGUUGCCAACGCGGAGAAGUACGAUCCAAAUGCUGAAGACGAGCCUAGCAACUCGGAGAUGAAGUUAGAAACCAAUGGUCAUACGAAAGAGGAGGACACCAAUGGCGCGACCGUCAAGAAGGAAGAAAAUGGCGAUGUCGAGAUGCCACUGGCGACUGACUCGAAUGGCAAGUUCGACCUCAAUACUCUGGACAUCGCUGCCAUCUUGAAGGACGGAAACCAUCUGGUUGGAGCUGCUAGCAAAGAACUCGAGUACAAGCUGCUAUCCAUGAGCCCUGCAGAUCGUCUUGCAUAUCAGAAGAAUAUCCUUCCAAAGCGACUUGGGCUCGAAGGACCUUUUGUCGAAGUAAUCCCGGCAGCUGCGGAGGAGACAGUUGCGCAGAACCCCGGUCUCCGGACACCCGCUAUCCAUCGCAUCGACACAAAUCUUGCAAGAUCAGAUACUAUGAACUCUGCCGCAUCACCCCCUGCUGCCACACCAACGGGCGACCAGCCGACCCUCAGCAAGCGCCAACUGAACUCACAAAAGCGCAAGCAGAAGAACGCACAAAAGAACAACAAGGGUGUAACCGUUGACUUCAAUGAACCCGGAUCUAAAAAACCUUCACAUCCAGAAGCUCUUCAGACGCCCGCUCGUAUGACACCACAUCCCACAUCGUUCAAGCAAGAGAAGUUUGAGAACGGCGAGGGAGGUGAGGGCCUUGACGACUACUUCUCGCUGGAGCGCAAGGGCGGAGACGACGACGCCAAGUUCGUCAAAGAGUUCAAGGGUGCUGUGAUGCCGGAAAAAUCCUCUUUUGAAGGCGAAUCAGACGAGUCUGGCUUGGAGUGGCCUUUCGAGCGUGUCUGCGAUUAUCUCGCCCUCGAGAUGUUCGAUCACACUUGGGAAGUCCGUCAUGGUGCUUCCAUGGGCAUUCGAGAAGUCUUGCGUGUGCACGGUGCCGGUGCUGGAAGAGUUGAAGGAAAGACACGAGCGGAGAACGAUAAACUAAACCAGCAAUGGCUUAACGAUCUUGCAUGCCGCAUAUGCUGCAUCUUUAUGCUUGAUCGAUUCGCCGACUACACAUCCGACACUGCCGUUGCACCAAUCAGGGAAACCGCCGGGCAAGCACUUGGCUCUGUUUUGCAACAUCUCUCUCGCGAGAACGUCCUAGCCACCUUCAAUGUGCUUCACAACCUCAUUAAGAAGCGCCUUGAAGCCGAUAGUUGGCAUUCCUGUCAGGGUGGCAUGAUCGGUUUGCGGUAUCUCGUAGCUGUACGAAACGAUCUGCUUCGUGAGGAUGGGUCUCUUAUGGAUGGCGUUCUGACUGCUGUCAUUCAAGGCUUGGGCGAUUUCGACGACGACAUUCGAGCCCUGAGCGCAGCAACACUCAUUCCCGUUGCCAAAGACUUUGUCGAGAUGCGGCCUAAAGCAAUGGAGGGUCUCAUGAACCAGGUCUGGUCAUGCUUUGACGGUCUACAAGAUGAUCUCACGGCCAGUACUGGUUCGAUCAUGGACCUUCUCGCUAAGCUGUGCAGUUUCCCUCAGGUCCUUGCAGCCAUGCAGGCCAAUGCGGAAAAGGACUCGACCCAGUCUUUUCAUGAGCUUGUGCCUCGCCUCUUCCCGUUCUUCCGUCACACCAUUACCAGCGUUCGCACUGCUGUGCUACGCGCAUUGAGCACUUUCCUAGACAUCCAAAGCGCAGGCUCAGGUGGGUGGGUUGACAGCAAAGCCCUUCAAUUGAUUUUCCAGAACAUCCUCCUCGAACGCAACGAGGGCGUUUUGAAGCUGUCGAUGAAACUCUGGAACACCAUGGUCGACAAUCUCGGGGGCCAAAUCGCGUCUCAUCUGGAACCGAUACUGAACGCCAUCAUUCCCCUGACUCUGACGCCGAUCGGAGUAUCUCGCCACCCAAUUGCUAUGGAUAUGUCGCUUUUAAUAAAACCUUCCGGGCAGGUGAUGGGUCCAGCACCAAGCUCAGUGCCCAGUCGCAGAUCAACACCACCAGGUGGGAGUGAGCCAGCUGUAAAGAAGAGGAAGAAGUCGCGAUUCGGAAAGGAGGACAACUCAACGCCGAUUCCAACUUCCAUAUCCCACAAUGUUGACGGACAUAUGAUUGGUGGUGACCUCGAGCUCAUUGGCGCCGAUGUGAUGAUUCGGUCCCGAGCAUCCGCAGCGCAAGCUCUUGGUAAAGCCAUCGCAAAUUGGCCAGAAGAGACCAGGGUAUCAGUCUUCGGCCACAAGCUCUUGCCGUCACUGUCUUCGACUCACUCGACUACACAGUUGACGGCUGCCAUGAUCAUCGAAGAAUUUGGCAAGAACUUGUCGGCUAAAGACGCCUUGGCAGAUCUCUUUGCUGAAGCUUUGCUCCCCAUCGUUGAGGGUGAGCGACCAAUGGCCUACGAGGAUCUUGUUCCCAAGCUGCAGAUUGUACGUACGCAGUGCACUGCUUUGCUCAACAUCUUUAGAGAGGGUCACGUACAGAAUCUGCCGGCACUGGCUGUUGUUGUGCAGGGUGAUCCAGCUGCCAGCCAGUACGCUUUUGGCGUCGCUGAUGCGGAGAAGCUUGUCACUGUUCAGUACGAGAAGCUGAAGAAGGCAAUGACGCCAUCAGCUCGCAUGGUCGCCGCAGCCAACUUGGAAGUUUCGAAGAAGGAAGUUGAGGCCAGUCUCCAAGAGGCGAAGGACAUCAAGGAGGAGCGCGAUAUCCGCAUCAAGGCAGCUGCCGCAGGAGGACUGAUCUGGCUCAGUUCACCACCCAAGAAACCUCAGCAUCCGAUCAAAGCUAUGAUGGAUAGCGUCAAGAAGGAGGGGAACGUACAAUUGCAGAAGCGGUCUGCUGCCGCUGUGGCCCGCUACAUCGUUCAUCUCGUCCAUGGCAACAAGGGUGUUGUCGUCAAGAAGGUGGUCGGCAACCUCGUCAAGUUCUACUGCAUGGAAACAGCAGAAACCCCCGAAUUCCAAGGGCAAGGUCACAUCGAAACCGGCAUCCUCACCUUGAAGAAGGACGAAGACGUUCGCGAUCAUCCGGAUGCUGCCAAGUUUGCGGAAGAGUCAAGAGCAGCUAGGAUUACUAAGCGGGGUGCUCGUGAAGCCCUUGAGCAGGUUGUUCAACAGUUUGGUGCAGAAAUCUUCCAGAAGGUCCCGACUCUUGAAGACUUGAUCCAGCGACCCAUCAAGCAAGCAUUCGCUGACGCAACACUUCCUGCAGAGAUUAUCAAUGAGGAUGGCAUUUUCGGUCAAGAGGUUGUUGAUGCUUUGUCAACCCUUCGCGCGCUGGUCGGAAGCUUCCACCCGGAUGUGCGCGGCUUCAUCAAGGACUUGCUUCCAUUCGUUGCAAAGGCUUUGCAGAGCAGGCUCUACGUACUGCGAUACGCUGCCGCAAAGUGCUUUGCAACCAUCUGCAGCGUUAUGUCUGUCGAUGCUUUCACACUGCUUGUGGAAGCCGUUCUGCCUACUAUCAGCGAUGGUGGAAACGUGCAUGGUCGCCAAGGUGCUAUCGAGUGCAUCUACCAUCUGAUCCACGUUAUGGAAGACGACAUUCUCCCUUACGUCAUCUUUCUGAUCACUCCUGUGCUGGGACGUAUGAGCGAUUCAGACAACGAUAUCCGUUUGCUAGCAACGACAAGCUUCGCCACGCUUGUCAAGCUUGUUCCACUCGAGUCUGGUAUCCCUGACCCCCCGGGUCUACCUGACUCAUUGCUCAAGGGCCGUGAUCGCGAGCGCAAGUUCGUUGCGCAGAUGCUGGAUGCGAAGAAGGUUGAGCCUUUCGAGAUUCCUGUUGGUAUCAAGGCCACGUUGCGUUCGUACCAACAGGAUGGAGUCAACUGGCUUGCCUUCCUGAAUCGAUACAACUUGCACGGAAUUCUCUGCGACGACAUGGGUCUUGGAAAGACGUUGCAAACCUUGUGUAUGGUGGCCAGUGACCAUCAUUUACGCACUGACGAGUUCGCUAAGUCCGGAGAUCCCAACUUCCGCAGACAGCCGUCGCUCAUCGUCUGUCCUCCUACUUUGUCAGGUCAUUGGCAGCAGGAGAUCCGCCAGUAUGCUCCCUUCCUGUCUUGUGUGGCUUAUGUUGGUGCACCGCCAACUCGCGGUCAAUACAGGUCUCAGCUUCAGGAUGUCGACAUCGUCAUCACCAGCUACGAUAUCUGCAGAAAUGAUCUCGACAUUCUCAAGCCUGUCAACUGGAACUACUGCGUUCUCGACGAAGGCCAUCUGAUCAAGAACUCGAAGUCGAAGACCAGCCAGGCUGUCAAGCAGUUCCAGUCGAACCAUCGCCUGAUCCUCUCCGGUACACCCAUCCAAAACAAUGUACUCGAGCUAUGGUCCCUGUUCGACUUUCUUAUGCCUGGCUUCUUGGGAACUGAGAAGGUCUUCCAGGAGCGUUUCGCGAAGCCUAUCGCGGCCUCACGUUUUGCCAAGUCCUCAUCUAAGGAACAAGAGAGGGGUGCACUCGCCAUCGAGGCGCUCCACAAGCAGAUCCUUCCCUUCCUUCUCAGACGUCUCAAAGAGGAGGUGCUGGACGACUUGCCACCCAAGAUUCUGCAGAACUACUAUUGCGAUCUAUCUGAGCUUCAGCGCAACCUCUUUGACGACUUUAACAAGCGACAGGGCAAGGAGAUCCAGUCAAAGGCUGGCAACGCUGACCGCGAGAGCAAGCAACAUAUCUUCCAGGCGCUGCAGUACAUGAAGAAGCUGUGCAAUUCGCCCGCCCUCGUGGUAAAGGGUCCAACGAACAAGGCCUACGAGCCUACACAGCAAUAUCUGAAGAAGCACAACACGACGAUCGAUGACAUCGCUCAUGCUCCCAAGCUCAGCGCUCUCAAGGACCUUCUGGUAGACUGUGGUAUCGGUGCUGCGGACGUAGCCGGCGACAAGUCAGCGGCUGUCAAUGGUGAUCUGCCUGAGGCUGUCUCUCAACAUCGUGCUCUGAUCUUCUGUCAGAUGAAGGAAAUGCUCGAUAUGGUCGAGUCUACCGUGUUCAAGAAGCUGCUUCCAAGUGUUCAGUUCAUGAGGCUUGAUGGUACAGUGCAGGCUGAGAAGCGUCAAGACAUUGUCAACAAGUUCAAUUCGGACCCGUCUUACGAUGCCCUGCUUUUGACCACCAGUGUUGGUGGACUGGGGCUUAACUUGACCGGUGCCGAUACUGUCAUCUUCGUUGAGCAUGACUGGAACCCGCAGAAGGACAUCCAAGCCAUGGAUCGCGCCCAUCGUAUUGGACAAAAGAAGGUUGUCAACGUGUACCGCAUCGUCACCCGCGGGACGCUCGAAGAGAAGAUUCUCAACCUUCAACGUUUCAAGAUCGAUGUCGCGAGUACAGUCGUCAACCAGCAGAACGCUGGCCUCGGCUCCAUGCAGACCGAUCAAAUUCUUGAUCUCUUCAAUGUCUCAGCAGACAGUGCAGACCCAGCUACGCUGCCACCUCCUCCGUCCAACUCAAAAGACGAUAACGCCAUCGACGAGAACGACGCUGUCGAUGCUACUGGCGAGCUGCGCCAGAAGGGUCAGAAGGGCUUCCUCGACGACCUUGGCGAAUUAUGGGACGAGAGGCAGUACGAAGACGAGUUCGACCUAGAUGGUUUCUUGGGCAAGAUGCAGGGGUCCGCGGCAUAGGAUGUCCAAUUUCCUCGCAUCGGCACUUCUUUUAGGGUUGUGGGAUCACACCUUAACGGUGUAGGUACCCCAAAUCAUCGGAAUAAUGGUGUGUUG